AUGUGGGGAAGCCUAGCAGGGGACAAUCUUCAGCUCGACGCGUGGCUUGAGAAUCCCAGUUAUUAUACGUUAGAUUACGAAUCCAGUACCUCAGCCGGGCUCUCGUCCGCAGGAUCGUUGACUGACUUUGUCAAAACAUGUGCCAUCCUCUCCAACGUUGAUGGAUCUGCAUCCCGCAAGAGAUUACGGGAUUGGAACACCUCUGAAACAGUCGAUGGAGAGAAUAAUAGCGCAAGGUUAUGGCAAUCCUGCAUUUGUGACUCGGUGAUUGUAAGAAUUGUAGCAACGGCAAACCGCGGCAAGACCUACGACCCCAAGGUCCACUGCAUUCGGGAUCUCGAGCGCCUGGGAUGUAACAAGCUGAGUCAGGUUCCCGUUCGGGUUCUCGCCGACUGCAAUGCACGCUCUAGCCCACCCGGACGGCGAGGUGGCUACGUCAAAAGCAGCGGCUGCGAGUGGUAUCUUGGUGGUAUCGUGAUGAAACUGUCGUGCUACUCGACCAAAAUCCUUGAGGAUGUCAUCGCGCACGCCCAGGAACCCUUACGCUAUGCAGCUGAGUCUGCUUAA